GCUUGCGCAGUGAGCGGUAGAAGGUACCAGAAGGCUGUGAGGCGCUGCGGUAACCGGUCCGAAGGGUCAUACCGCUGCCGUGCGUUCGGUUAAUACGGCUGACACCGUCCCGUGCUGUAAGUAUGCGCUCUGCCAGCCGCCCCUCACUCGCUGUCACUGACAUAAAAUGGCCGCGGACUGGCUGUCAGAGAGAGGGUACUGGUAUUGUUAUUAUUAAUGUCUGUCAGGGAGAGGGUACUGGUAUUAUUAUUAAUGGCUGUCAGAGAGAGGGUACUGGUAUUGUUAUUAUUAAUGGCUGUCAGAGAGAGGGUACUGGUAUUGUUAUUAUUAAUGGCUGUCAGAGAGAGGGUACUGGUAUUAUUAUUAAUGGCUGUCAGGGAGAGGGUACUGGUAUUAUUAUUAAUGGCUGUCAGGGAGAGGGUACUGGUAUUAUUAUUAAUGGCUGUCAGGGAGAGGGUACUGGUAUUAUUAUUAAUGGCUGUCAGGGAGAGGGUACUGGUAUUGUUAUUAUUAAUGGCUGUCAGAGAGAGGGUACUGGUAUUGUUAUUAUUAAUUGCUGGCAGGGAGAGGGUACUGGUAUUGUUAUUAUUAAUGGCUGGCAGGGAGAGGGUACUGGUAUUGUUAUUAUUAAUGGCUGGCAGGGAGAGGGUACUGGUAUUGUUAUUAUUAAUGGCUGGCAGGGAGAGGGUACUGGUGUUAUUAUUAAUGGCUGGCAGGGAGUGGGAACUGGUAUUGUUAUUAUUAAUGGCUGUCAGGGAGAGGGUACUGGUAUUAUUAUUAAUGGCUGGCAGGGAGAGGGUACUGGUAUUGUUAUUAUUGAUGGCUGUCAGGGAGUGGGAACUGGUAUUGUUAUUAUUGAUGGCUGUCAGGGAGUGGGAACUGGUAUUGUUAUUAUUAAUGGCUGUCAGAGAGAGGGUACUGGUAUUGUUAUUAUUAAUGGCUGUCAGGGAGAGGUUACUGGUAUUGUUAUUAUUAAUGGCUGUCAGAGAGAGGGUACUGGUGUUGUUGUUGUUGUUAUUAUUAUUAUUAUUAUUAUUAUUAAUGGCUGUCAGAGAGAGGGUACUGGUAUUGUUAUUAUUGAUGGCUGUCAGAGAGAGGGUACUGGUAUUGUUAUUAUUGAUGGCUGUCAGAGAGAGGGUACUGGUCUUGUUAUUGAUGGCUGUCAGAGAGAGGGUACUGGUCUUGUUAUUAAUGGCUGUCCGGGAGAGGGUACUGGUCUUGUUGUUAUUAUUAAUGGCUGUCAGAGAGAGGGUACUGGUAUUAUUAUUAAUGGCUGUCAGAGAGAGGGUACUGGUAUUGUUAUUAUUAAUGGCUGUCAGGGAGAGGGUACUGAUAUUAUUAUUAAUGGCUGUCAGGGAGAGGGUACUGGUAUUGUUGUUAUUAUUAAUGGCUGUCAGAGAGAGGGUACUGGUAUUAUUAUUAAUGGCUGUCAGGGAGAGGGUACUGGUAUUGUUAUUAUUGAUGGCUGUCAGAGAGAGGGUACUGGUCUUGUUAUUAUUAAAGGACCACUCUAGUGCCAGGAAAACAUACUCGUUUUCCUGGCACUAUAGUGCCCUGAGUGUGCCCCCACCCUUAGGUUCCCCCUCCCGCCCGGCUCUGGAAAGGGGAAAGGGGUUUAAACUUACCUUUUUCCAGCGCUGGGCGGGGAGCUCUCUACCUCCGUUCCUCCUCCUGGGCUGAAUGCGCACGCGCGGCGAGAGCUGCGCACGCAUUCAGCCGGUCGCAUAGGAAAGCAUUUAAAAUGCUUUCCUAUGGACGCUUGCGUGCUCUCACUGUGAAAAUCACAGUGAGAAGCACGCAAGCGCCUCUAGUGGCUGUGAAUGAGACAGCCACUAGAGGAUUAGGGGAAGGCUUAACCCAUUCAUAAACAUAGCAGUUUCUCUGAAACUGCUAUGUUUAUAAAAAAAAAUGGGUUAACCCUAGAAGGACCUGGCACCCAGACCACUUCAUUAAGCUGAAGUGGUCUGGGUGCCUAGAGUGGUCCUUUAAUGGCUGUCAGAGAGAGGGAACUGGUAUUGUUGUUGUUAUUAUUAAUGGCUGUCAGAGAGAGGGUACUGGUAUUGUUAUUACUGGUGGCUUUCAGGGAGAGGAAACUGGUAUUAUUACUGGUGGCUUUCAGGGAGAGGGAACUGAUAUUAUUACUGGUGGCUGUCAGGGAGUGGGAACUGGUAUUAUUACUGGUGGCUGUCAGGGAGUGGGAACUGGUAUUGUUAUUACUGGUGGCUGUCAGGGAGUGGGAACUGGUAUUGUUAUUACUGGUGGCUGUCAGGGAGUGGGAACUAGUAUUGUUAUUACUGGUGGCUGUCAGGGAGUGGGAACUGGUAUUGUUAUUACUGGUGGCUGUCAGGGAGUGGGAACUGGUAUUAUUACUUGUGGCUGUCAGGGAGUGGGAACUGGUAUUGUUAUUACUUGUGGCUGUCAGGGAGUGGGAACUGGUAUUAUUACUUGUGGCUGUCAGGGAGUGGGAACUGGUAUUACUGGUGGCUGUCAGGGCGUGGGAACUGGUAUUAUUAUUGAUGGCUGUCAGAGAGAGGGUACUGGUAUUGUUAUUAUUAAUGGCUGGCAGGGAGAGGGUACUGGUAUUGUUAUUAUUGAUGGCUGGCAGGGAGUGGGAACUGGUAUUGUUAUUAUUAAUGGCUGUCAGGGAGUGGGAACUGGUAUUGUUAUUAUUAAUGGCUGUCAGGGAAAGGGUACUGGUAUUGUUAUUAUUAAUGGCUGUCAGGGAGAGGGUACUGGUAUUGUUAUUAUUAAUGGCUGUCAGGGAGAGGGUACUGGUAUUAUUAUUAAUGGCUGGCAGGGAGAGGGUACUGGUAUUGUUAUUAUUAAUGGCUGUCAGGGAGAGGGUACUGGUAUUGUUAUUAAUGGCUGUCAGGAGAGGUACUGGUAUUAUAUUAAUGGCCGUCAGCAGAGGGUACUUGCAUUUUAUUAUUAAUGGCUGUCAGAGAGAGGGUACUGGUAUUGUUAUUAUUAAUGGCUGUCAGAGAGGGUACUGGUAUUAUUAUUAAUGGCUGUCAGGGAAAGGGUAUUGUUAUUAUUAAUGGCUGUCAGGGAGUGGGUACUGGUAUUAUUAAUGGUCAGAGAGAGGGUACUGUUGUUAUUAUUAUUGUCAGGGAGAGGGUACUGUUAUUAUUGAUGGCUGUCAGGGAGAGGGUACUGGUAUUGUUAUUAUUAAUGGCUGUCAGGGAGUGGGAACUGGUAUUGUUAUUAUUAAUGGCUGUCAGGGAGAGGGAACUGGUAUUGUUAUUAUUAAUGGCUGUCAGGGAGAGGGAACUGGUAUUGUUAUUAUUAAUGGCUGUCAGGGAGUGGGAACUGGUAUUGUUAUUAUUAAUGGCUGUCAGGGAGUGGGAACUGGUAUUGUUAUUAUUAAUGGCUGUCAGGGAGAGGGUACUGGUAUUGUUGUUGUUAAUGGCUGUCAGAGAGAGGGUACUGGUAUUGUUAUUAUUGAUGGCUGUCAGAGAAAGGGUACUGGUAUUAUUAUUAAUGGCUGUCAGGGAGAGGGUACUGGUAUUGUUGUUAUUAUUAAUGGCUGUCAGGGAGAGGUUACUGGUAUUGUUAUUAUUAAUGGCUGUCAGAGAGGGGGUACUGGUGUUGUUGUUGUUAUUAUUAUUAAUGGCUGUCAGAGAGAGGGUACUGGUAUUGUUAUUAUUGAUGGCUGUCAGAGAGAGGGUACUGGUAUUGUUAUUAUUGAUGGCUGUCAGAGAGAGGGUACUGGUAUUGUUAUUAUUGAUGGCUUUCAGAGAGAGGGUACUGGUCUUGUUAUUAAUGGCUGUCAGGGAGAGGGUACUGGUCUUGUUGUUAUUAUUAAUGGCUGUCAGAGAGAGGGUACUGGUAUUAUUAUUAAUGGCUGUCAGAGAGAGGGUACUGGUAUUGUUAUUAUUAAUGGCUGUCAGGGAGAGGGUACUGAUAUUAUUAUUAUUAAUGGCUGUCAGGGAGAGGGUACUGGUCUUGUUAUUAUUAAUGGCUGUCAGAGAGAGGGUACUGGUAUUAUUAUUAAUGGCUGUCAGGGAGAGGGUACUGAUCUUGUUAUUAUUAAAGGACCACUCUAGUGCCAGGAAAACAUACUCGUUUUCCUGGCACUAUAGUGCCCUGAGGGUGCCCCCACCCUUAGGUUCCCCCUCCCGCCCCGCUCUGGAAAGGGGAAAGGGGUUUAAACUUACCUUUUUCCAGCGCUGGGCGGGGAGCUCUCUGCCUCCGAUCCUCCUCCGUUCCUCCUCCUGGGCUGAAUGCGCACGCGCGGCAAGAGCUGCGCGCGCAUUCAGCCCGUCGCAUAGGAAAGCAUUUACAAUGCUUUCCUAUGGACGCUUGCGUGCUCUCACCGUGAAAAUCACAGUGAGAAGCACGCAAGCGCCUCUAGUGGCUGUCAAUGAGACAGCCACUAGAGGAUUUGGAGGAAGGCUUAACCCAUUGAUAAACAUAGCAGUUUCUCUGAAACUGCUAUGUUUAUAAAAAAAAUGGGUUAACCCUAGAAGGACCUGGCACCCAGACCACUUCAUUAAGCUGAAGUGGUCUGGGUGCCUAGAGUGGUCCUUUAAUGGCUGUCAGAGAGAGGGAACUGGUAUUGUUAUUAUUGAUGGCUGUCAGAGAGAGGGUACUGGUAUUGUUAUUACUGGUGGCUGUCAGGGAGAGGUAACUGGUAUUAUUACUGGUGGCUUUCAGGGAGAGGAAACUGGUAUUAUUACUGGUGGCUUUCAGGGAGAGGGAACUAGUAUUAUUACUGGUGGCUGUCAGGGAGUUGGAACUGGUAUUAUUACUGGUGGCUGUCAGGGAGUGGGAACUGGUAUUGUUAUUACUGGUGGCUGUCAGGGAGUGGGAACUGGUAUUGUUAUUACUGGUGGCUGUCAGGGAGUGGGAACUGGUAUUAUUACUUGUGGCUGUCAGGGAGUGGGAACUGGUAUUGUUAUUACUUGUGGCUGUCAGGGAGUGGGAACUGGUAUUAUUACUUGUGGCUGUCAGGGAGUGGGAACUGGUAUUACUGGUGGCUGUCAGGGCGUGGGAACUGGUAUUAUUAUUGAUGGCUGUCAGAGAGAGGGUACUGGUAUUAUUAUUGAUGGCUGUCAGAGAGAGGGUACUGGUAUUAUUAUUGAUGGCUGUCAGAGAGAGGGUACUGGUAUUAUUAUUGAUGGCUGUCAGAGAGAGGGUACUGGUAUUGUUAUUAUUAAUGGCUGUCAGGGAGAGGGAACUGGUAUUGUUAUUAUUAAUGGUUUUCAGAGAGAGGGUACUGGUAUUGUUAUUAUUAAUGGCUGGCAGGGAGAGGGUACUGGUAUUGUUAUUAUUAAUGGCUGGCAGGGAGAGGGUACUGGUAUUGUUAUUAUUAAUGGCGGUCAGGGAGAGGGUACUGGUAUUGUUAUUAUUAAUGGCUGUCAGAGAGAGGGUACUGGUAUUAUUAUUGAUGGCUGUCAGGGUGAGGGAACUGGUAUGGCUGUCAGGGUGAGGGAACUGGUAUUGUUGUUAUUGAUGGCUGUCAGGGAGAGGGUACUGGUAUUGUUAUUACUGAUGGCUGUGAGUAGCUUAGUCUCAGCUUUUCGGGCUGUGAUGGUUGAUCUAGGACUACACCUCUCCUGAUGCCCAGCCAGCCUUCAAUAACAGCCUACUGUUCUUUAUUUCCCUGGAAAACAAAACAAUACAAUUCUAAUUAAGGCUGGCCAGGCUCCACAGGAGUUGUCAUUUGUUAAGUCCCUACCUCUCCCAUAACUAUUGAGCUUGAGGUAGGGGUUGUAAUACACUCUUCCCUUCCAGCACCUGGGAUUUCAGCAUUAAAGGACCACUAUAGGCACCCUGACCACUUCAGCUUAAUGAAGUGGUCUGGGUGCCAGGUCCAGCUAGGUUUAACCCUUUUUGCUGUAAACAACUGCUAUGCUUACUUAUGGGUUAAUCCAGCCUCUAGUGGCUGUCUCAUUGACAGCCGCUAGAGGCGCUUCUCACUGUGAUUUUCACAGUGAGAAGACGCCAGCGUCCAUAGGAAAGCAUUGAGAAUGCUUUCCUGUCGACUGGCUGAAUGCGCGCACGGCUCUUGCCGCGCAUGCACAUUCAGCCAGGGAUCUCAGAAGAGGGAGGAGAGUCCCCAGCGCCGAGGGAGCCCUGCGCUGGAAAAAGGUUAAGGGGGCACCCUGAGGGCAGUAUAGUGCCAGGAAAACAAGUUUCCGCAUUCUUUACAUAAGGGCGUCAAAUAAAUUCAGUAAUCGCAUCAAACCCCCAAGUAGCUGUCUGACAACCAUUCGUAGAUGUGGAAAUUGCAAAAUAUAAAUAGUGGCAUGUCUCAGAAAAGCACAGUUCACAUCAUCAAGGCAGCAUCUAUACACAGAAAUCAUUUCAGUAAUCUGAAGAAAUGUUAAUACUUAGAUUAUCCCUUUUAGAUGCGGAGGUGAUUACAUUGGCAUUCCUGAUUCUCUUGACCAUUGGCACUGUAGAUAUAUUACUCUUACUACACUAAUGACGGCUAGGAGCUUAACAGCGCUAGCUCCACCUUUUUGUUAGCUGUAUGAAAAGUACAUUAGAUAAAGUAGUAUUUAUCUUUUGAAUGAGUUGGAAUUUUAGUGAAAUUCCAGCACGAUGUUUAUAAACAUUACAUAAAGACUUUAUUUUUUUGAAGUGAUCAUUUUGGGGACAAUCACUUUUGCCUUCAUUAGUUGACAACUUCUUUUAUAUUCCUGAAUGGGCUAAGCAUCCAGUCUGCUCACUUCUCAAAGAAGUUCAGCAAUACAAUUACUGGCUUUGUUUAUGAUUGUCAGCAGAUAACAUUUGCUUUCAAUGCUGAUAUUGUUGAAUCUUGCACUUUGUCUUUUUGGGUUAUUGCUAGCUGCUGCCGUUCUGUGUCCCCUUGUUAUACACCAUGUAUUUUGAACCAUGCUUCCAAGUGCCAGAAAAGUAAUUGUUAUUUUAGCAAGAAUCACACCUCUAGCUUUGUGUGCAACCUUGCAAAGUUCACAACUGUAGUCUUUAGUUGUUUCAUAAUGAAAUAAACUUGAGCCCAAAUGGUUUAGAAAUAACCCACUAUUAGAGCAAGAUAUACACACUUCUAGAAGCUACAGAGGCAAUGUAAACAUUGUAUUUUCUCUGAAAAGACUGCUUACUGCAAAAACUUUGAAGGGAAUGAUUCUACUCAUCAGAACAAAUACAAUAAGCUGUAGUUGUUCUGGUGAUUAUAGUGUCCAUUUUAAAGGUAAACUAUACGGUCAGGAACACAAACAUGUACUCCUGACCCUAUAGUGUAAAAACCACCAUCCAAGCCCUCUGCCCACCCACAUUACCCCCCCUAGAUAUUGCAGCAUCUUACUUUUACUCCAGCCUGCAGCUGCUGGCCCUGCCCCUGUUCUGCCUGCUUGGCUGACAUAAUCAGAAGUGAUUCUCUGAGCCAAUCACAAUGUCUUCACAUAGGAAAUCAGUGGAUUGGCUGAGACUGUCAAGGAGGCAGAUCAGAGGCAGAGUUAGCACAAGCCAAACAGCCCUGGGCAAUCGGCAUCACUUCAUAGAGUUGCAUUGAAUCAAUGAAGCUCUAUGAGGAAAGUUCAGUGUCUGCAUGCAGAGGAUGGAGACACUGAAUGGCAGUCGCACUGCCAACGGGAAACACCUCUAGCAGCCAUCUGAGGAGUGGCCAGUGAAGUUAUCACUAGGCUGUAAUGUAAACACUGCAUUUUCUCUGAAAAGACAGUGCUUACUGCAAAUAGUUUGAAAGGGAAUGAUUCUACUCACCAGAACAAAUACAAUAAGCUGUAGUUGUUCUGGUGACUAUAGUGUCCCUUUAAAACUAGCUUUUUUUUAUUUUAAUUUUUUUGCAGUCAAACUCUUAUUGCUUAAUAUGCCUAGUGUUUGGCCCUGGUAGCUGUAAUUCCUCAUCUCUAAUGUCAUGGUUCCAGAAUAGCCUGCAGCAAACUUUGGUGGAGUUAAAGCAAGCUGCUCUGUUAUCAACCCAGGCCGUUCAGUCAAACCAUAAGAAAAGAGCAGAACCAGGUUCUCCCCUUCUAUAAGGAAGAAAUCUGGCUGGAAAAAUGAGUUCUGAUUCAUCGUCUAAUCAGUACUCUUCCGAAGAUUCCAAUGAUUCCUCUGACGAGGAAUAUUGCUUUCAAGAACAGUACCUACCUAAACUCAUCAAGGAGGUCUAUAGCCUCAUGGAUGUGGAGAAAUCUCCUUCAGGUAUUCACCCUUCUCUUCAUCAGUUGCUACUUAGAGAAUGGAGAUUUCCGGCCAAUAAAGCUUUUGUAUCCAAACAUUUCAAAACCAUUUUUUCACUUAAAGACCAACUAGAGACCAUUCCUAAAGUGGAAUUGCACAGCUAUGGAAGAAAAACACACUUCCUGUUGGGGAUUUUAGUUGGCUCCAGGAUGCGAUGGACAAACGAGCGGAAUCUUGCCUAAAGAAACUUUUUUUUCCUCUGCAGCGGCCCAGAGUAAGGCUCUAAUUUCAGGUUCUUCAGUAGCCAAAGCUCAAGGAUGUUGGCUGGAUACGUUGGAGAAACUUUAUAUGGGUUAAUCCAGAGAGGAUCAAGUUUUGAGGAAUGUUUAGAUGGCUGCGGAGUUUUUGGCUGACAAAAACUGUGAAAUUUUCAGCAAAAAUGAUGGGGCAUUCUGUCACCAGAUGUGCAGUAUGGCUCAUAAGUUGGUCAGCUGACUCUGCUAAAUAAAAAUUAAUUGUGUGAUCUCCCAUUUGAACAAGGUCGACUGUUUGGUUCGCAACUAGACGACCUGUUAAAACGUAUGGCGGAAGGUUGGAAAGCGUUGCCUGAAGGAAAGAUUGGAACAAACCCUUCUUCCACAAAAACAGAUGCUCUUACAGAGAUUCAUGUCGUAGGUUCUCCUAUAAGAAGAAUCAAGAAGGCCAUUUUCCUUUCAGGAUAAGGGAAAGAGGAACUUUCCAGGUGAAAAAGGAAAUAAGAUUAUGACACCAUUCCUGUAGGGGGCAGACUUCUUUUAUUCAGGUCAGAAGACUACUACAGACAGUUGGGUCCGGUCAGUAGUUCAAAGAGGUUACAGUAUAGAACUUCUCAAAUUUUUUCCAAGUAAAUUCCUCUGUUCAACUAUACAUUCCCCAGACAUGGCGGCAGUUCUUCUCUAACAGGUGGGGGUCUUAUGGCAGAAAAAUGUUAUAGAAAUUCUUCCAAAAGGAGAAGAAUUCAAAGGUUCUUAUUCAAGAAUAUUUUUGGUAAAAAAAAAAAAAAGCCAGAUGGUUCUUUCUGUCCAAUUCUGGAUUUAACAUUUAGUGAUUUAGUGAACAAGUUAGUGCUUAAUAGAAAAUUUCGCAUUGGAAAACAUCUCCGCAUCUCACAUAAUUCAACCAGGUUCAUGUUCCAUCAUUUGCAAGAUGCUGAUCUGCACAUACCAAUAGCAGCAAACAGCAGAAGUUUUUUUUAAGAUUUUUCCAUACAAGAUCAGCUUCUGCAUUUCCAAUUCAGGGCCUUAACCUGAAUCUCAUUCUAUCCUUUUUCUGGGUCUCAUUUUAGACUCUAUUCAAAUUGUCCUUCCAGAGGAGAAGAUACACAAGAUAAAGGACACCAUUAUCCGCUUGCAAAAGAAAAUGUGUUGCACUAUAAGAGAAGCUAUGAGACUUCUGGCUCUGUUCACUGCCACAAUUCCAGCCGUCAACUGGCCCAAGGCCCAUAUGAGACCAUUGCAAAAGGAUAUCCUCUUGUCUUGGGACAAGAAAACUACAUCCCUAGACCAGUCCAUAAUUUUUAGCUCUUAGGCUUGACUAAGCUUCCGUUGGUGGAUGACUUCACAUUUCCUCGUAUUCUACAAAAAAUCGUCCAGGACAAGUCUAAGAUGAUAGCAAUACUUCCCUUCUGGCCUCAAAUUGGUUCUCCAUUCUACUGCACCUAUUCAACAAGAGGUUUUUGAAACUUCCUAUGUCUGAGAAAAUUUGGGAUCAAAAAUUGGUUCCGCUUCACACCCUUCAAACAUUCCCAUUAACGGCUUGGGAUCUGAACGCCAGAUGCUGAGAUCAAGGGGACUCGGUUCUGAAGUAGUGGAUUUCCUAUUAGCAGCUAAAGAAGACUCCACUGCUUUAGUUUACGCUACAAUUUGGAAAAAGUUCUACUCUUGGUGCUAUAAUGUGCGGGUCAAUCCUCUAUCGGCUUCAGUUCCUUAGAUUUUGACAUUUCUGCAAUUAGGGUUUGCUAAAGGCCUUCAUUCUGCUACUCUGAAGGUCCACAUCUCUAUUUUUAUUUGUUUUUUCAGUAUUUGAGAAUUGGCUUCGGAUGCUCUUAUUCGAGACUUUUUAGAGCACUUUCUAGACUGCUUCUGACCAUCAGGGAAUUGGUUCCCCCUUGGGAUUUAAAUAUUGUCCUCUCGGCUCUUUGUGUAGCACCGUUUGAACCCUUGGAGUCUGUCAGUCUGAAGAUUCUUACAUUGAAGACCGUAUUUUUGGUUGCCAAACGUCUGGAUGAACUUCUUUUCCUCCUUUCCUAGUAUUUCACCUUGAUAUGGUGGUCUUGAAACUUCAUCCUUCUUUUCUUCCUAAGUGGUCAACUCACCUGAUAUAAAUUAGGAAAUUGUUCUCCCGACAUUUUGCCAUAAUCCUCAGAAUGCUGCGGAACAUAAAUUCCAUUGCCUGGAUGUUAAACGCUGCCUACAGUUUUACAUGGAAAGGUCUACUUCAUUUCAGAGAUAAGACAGACUGCUCGUCCUUUUCCAGGGUAAAAAUAAAGGUCUUAUGGAAUCUAAUGGCUCAUUGGCAAGAUGGAUUAAAGAAGCUAUUGUAUUAACAUACUGUUCUUCUCAGAUGUCUCCUCCUCUGAAUUUAAGGGCUCAUUCUACCAGAGCUGUUGCUAUCUCGUGGGCCUUAAGAGCUUCGGCUUCUCCUUCACUCACAGAUUUGCAGUGCAGCAACUUGGUCGUCUCUACAUACCUUCUCCAAAUAUUAUAGGUUAGACGUACUGGCCUCUGAGGAUUCUAAUUUUGGGUGUAAGGUGUUACAAGCCGUGGUGAAGUGAUGUUUCCCGCCCUAAGGGGAUUGCUUAUUUAUCCCUGUUGUAGUGCACUGCCUCUAAUCUGGAGGGAAAAGUUCAAAUUUUACUUACCGUUAAUUUCCUUUUCCUUAAGAUUAGAGGCAGUGCACAUAUUUCCAACCCUACUUAUUAAAGUUAUUUUUGCACUUAUUUGUCUUUUGUAUUUACUGGGGUUUUGGGGAUUCUGGGUGGUUUUAUACCUAUAGGAGGAGGAGCCUGGGAGGAGUCUUCAGGACUAAAAAUUGGUUGCCUGCCUUUCUGAUCCAGAUUAGAGGAAAUUCCUGUUGUAGUGCACUGCCUCUAAUCUUAAGGAAAGACAUUUACACUAAGUAAAAUUUUAACUUUUUUCUUUGGUAAGUGUGCUAUGCACUUUACAGGCUUGUUGUGGUGGCUUGUAACUUUUAAGGCCCUUUUUAGUAGCAUAGGACUCGAAACUUUAAUCUGAGUUAUUUCCCAAAGUGAGAAUUCAUAGUGGUUUUUAAAUUUAAUGUGGAAAUGGCCAAACUGGAAAUAUUUAAAAUUUGCUAUGCUUAGAGUUCAGCUACUCUGUCCUUAAAUUCAAAGUUCACUUUAAAUUUUCAUCAAUAGCUCUAUGGCUUUUCAUUGGACUUGUUCAAGAAGAUAGAUCAUGUGAGGUCUUCCAUAGACCCUACUUCUUUCUGUAUGUGUCAAUUUAUAAAUAUGACAGGGCACCUAGUGGCUACUUGUGAAAGAUGAGCAUGAUGGCGGUGUUCUAGAGGAAUAGGUUCACUUUCCUACCUGGUGAAACCACAUAAGUAUAAGUGCCACUGGAGCUGUUUGGGUGUCUGUACAGAAAUGAAUACCACUUGUAUUGGGAUACCCUAUGUUUCAAUGAGUGUUUGGCUGCUGUUCUUGUGUUUUCUAUCCAUUAAUUUUUGCAGUAUGACAGAAAGCAUGGCUCCCUGACAUCCAAAGCCUGCUUCCUCUGCAAGUACUUGCAUAAUGUGGAAGUCACUCGUCUUCAUUAUCCAUUCAGAAACCUCAUGCCAUUUAUGGCUGCAGUAGCUACGUUGCACCACAAUGUUGUUAAAGAGACUCUGAAGCCUGGCAAUGAAACAUACUUUUUAACACUCCAAGCGCUAUGACCACUACAGCCUCCAAUAAUGUUUAUGGGGCUGUAAGUGCCAUGGCAUUGUUCCACUGUUAGAAGUCAAACCAUUUUAGUACGGUUUGCCAACUUACCUUGGUCCUCCCAGGCAACUGUGCUGCUACUUCUGAUGUAUUUCUUCUCCAGCAGAAAGUGGAUGGCUCUACAGAGCAGAGCAAGCAAUGCUGAUACUCUCAGCCAGUGAUUAUGGUCCUACUUUGCUCUAGGGCAAAGGCAGUGACAUAAGGCUUCUCCAGCUUGAGCAGAUCCAAUACGGAUUGGGACCCAGAUAGUUACGCAUGGUACUUGUAGAAGAGUUACUUGGUAGCAGUUUCAUUCACACAAAAAUGAAACUGCUUUGGAAAAUGUGUAUCUGUACCUCCCCAAAGCAUAUAAUCUCCCUCCUGUUCAUUACAGAAGUGCUGGCAGAAGAAUUUCAAACAGUGGCAUAUUUUUGUUUUUUUAAGCUAACGUAUUUAUGAAAUACUCACAUUGUCUGUGUUGUAAUUUCCCUGCAUCUACUUUAUCUUAGGUGUUUUCUCUGUCCCUGACAAGAGGCGUAACUACUGCUGUCAUAUUUGUCAUUUCCUUUCUUCCCCUGUACUCACAGGCUACCUCAUUGCAACGGUAGCAGUCACAAUCGCGGUGUCUUGCAAAAUAUGCAAAGACUCCAGGCGGUGACAGAUCUGUUUUAAAUUAUUAUUUUUUUUUUUUUCUCCUUCCAUGUUUCUGCAAGUCUGUUAAAAAAAUUUUUUCUAGUAGUGUUUGUAUCUCUGAAUUUAUUUCUACAAAACAAUUACUUGCUACACUGUAGUCCCCAUUGAGUUGCCAAACUGAUGUUCCUGAACUGACAGACUAUGUAGACAAUCCUAUUUGAGACUUUCUGUGGUAUAGGCGUAGCAUUGUUCUGUGACAUUGACUGUGUUAGGUAUUUCUUACAAGUAGACCUGUGGGUAAAACAGUGUGUGCUUUAUCUGUACGCAGAAGACACACCAGGGUAUUGGAUUAUUAUUAACAGCUGUAUAGAAAUCAUUGAUCAGCGAAGUGCUAAAUAAACACCUGUUGUAUAUUUAUAGAUUGACAGAAAUGAGCUAUAUUUACACUGUCCUUAUUAAGGCGCUUUUGUCAGGAUGGUGAAUAUAUAUGAUUCGCCUGUGGGGUAAUGGAGUCAGGAGUGAUUAAUGAGUGGUUUAUAGAUGGGAUUAUGCUUGGUGUAUUGAUCAUUAGACAUUCCAUUCACAGUGCAUUGCUAGUAAAUCUCUUCAGCUUUCUGUUUACAAAAAGCAGGCCCCAUGCAGCAGUUGGCACAGAAACUAUCUCAUUAAAUCUCCAUGAGCAAUCCAAAGGUGCAUCGGAGGACUGCUAGCAUUUCUUGCUCCAUGAGCAGUCUCCUGGGCAUGAUCUGUACAUCAAAGGCUUUGGGAUUAUACUAGUCCCUGCUAGGGUUUUCCACUAACAUGUACUAACUGUUCAUGUUUCUUUGUGACUAUAUUAGCAUGCAUUAUCUUGUUAACUCUAAUUGCUGGUUUCUUGCUCUUCUGAUUUAAUAGAUAGGCUUACGUUUAGAGGUAUAUUUUGGCAUUUUGUUGACUUUACAUAUUUCUGGGUGUUAUUACUUUGCUUUACAAGUCUUUAAAGAAGACCUACAUAUAUAUAUAUAUAUAUAUAUAUAUAUAUAUAUAUAUAUAUAUAUAUAUAUAUAUAUAUAUAUAUAUAUAUAUAUAUAUAUAUAUAUAUAUAUAAAUUUUUUUUUUUUUUUGUGACUGUUUUAUAACGUAUUCAUGUCUUCCAGCUUGGUUGCUGUUUGGUUUGUUUUUUUAAUAAGUGCACAUAUUUAUUUUAUUCAAUAUGUUAUCCCUCUGAUUCCCUACUUUGCUUCCCUGUUUGCUGUUAAUUUCCCUCUUUACUAAAAGGCAAGUUGUCUUGGGAAUGUGAGGCCACUUUCACUUCAUAAGUUAUUGGGUGCUGAAAGCUCCAUUUCUUGCGAUUAAGUAGUGGUGGCAAGUUCUUUCCGUCAAAAUAAUGGACCUGCCAUUUUGAAAAUAAAAUUCCACUAUUUUUACUUGUUGUUCCUUUUGUGAAAUUACCCAUGAUGAAUAUCCUAAGAUUCCAUUAUAUUAUGUACCUGCAACAACAAAAAAAAUACUAGCAAGUUACCAGCCAAAUCCUACUCUGAAUUUUGGCCCACCCUGUAAUUAUAGCUUAAACAGAAAAUGAGUGAUGUGUUGGUUGUAAUUUUAAAAAUAUAUAUAUUUUUAGCUUUCAGAAACACAUUUUCCUACGUUCCUGUUAGUGAUUUCACUUGAAUUUAACUGCCAUCCUCCCCAUCUUGCACUUGUUCACUAAAAGACAGUCAUCAACUUCUGAAAUCUGAAUCAGAAUGGCUGGAAUCAAGAGGCCCGUGAUCUCUCAGCCUUGGGAGGAGGAGGAGUGCCUUGAAUACUAUGGAAUGCAUUCAUUGCAUCGCAUAUUCGAUGUCAUUGGUUCUCAUCUGACGGAGAACGAUGUUGAGGUGCUGUCUUUUCUCCUGCAUGAGUCAUACCCUUUUACCCACCCACUGGAUCCUCACAUUUGGACCGUUGAAGAGGAUGGUGGUAGUGAGCCAAGCAGUGCAUUACUGGCUUUCUGGCAGAGGUGGAACCGCAGGGGCAAUGCUCAAAAUAAUAUCAAUAAUUUGGAGUGCCCCGAACUUAAAUCCAAGAGUGGGCUUGAGAUACUUCUGGAGCUAGAGAGGAGAGGUGUAUGUGAUGAAAGCAACUUCACCAAUCUUCUGCAAUUGCUAAGAGUGCUAACGCGUCAUGACCUGCUCCCCUAUGUCACCAUGAAAAGACCCCGUACAGGUAAGUCCUGCACCUUUUUAUUUAUUUUAAAUUUGGUUUGCCAGUAACAUUAUCUGAAAUAGUUAGCUGUGUGCUUUGGUAUUUUGUUUUUGUAUCCAAGUAAAGCAGUACAUAGCCCUGACUCUUAAAGGGAUAACCUUAUUAUAAACUACACAUACUGCCAGUCAUUUUAGCACGUUGAGCAAUGCAUUGCAUUUAAAAAAAUAAUCUUCACACACAUAUAGUAAAAUAAUCCAUCAUAUUAUGUUUUAAUUCCUGCUUUGUACAGGCAGAUCUUUAAAAUGUUUUUUUUGGGGCAGACCUCACCUCAAAUAAAUGUGGUUCUACUGAUUUUUUUUUUAUUUUUUGCGCACCACCCCCACUUUUUAAAAAUGUAAAAAUAUAAUAUAUAAAAAUAAAAAAACCAGGAAAGGUAAAUUCAGAUUGCUCUGGUUUCCAAGUACGUCCAGGGGUUGUUACUAUCACCCAAUUUAAUGGUACUCAUUUUAUCUACCUCGGAAGGAUGAAGGGUUGAGUCAACCCUGCCGGGAUUUGAACCUGCGACCCCCAAGGGUUAGAACAGAUUCUGCUGUUGCAUUAGCCCACUGAGCUUGUGUGUGUGUAUUUUUUUUAUUUUUUUUAAGCUUUCCAAGUGUUUUAAGUUAUAUACGUAUGUAUUUGAAGUUCAUUUUUUAUUCCACUUCUAUGCAGUGUCUCCAGAGAGGUACACAUAUGGCCCUUCUGUGCCAGACUCUGAUACGCAGAUGGAUGGAUGCUUAAAUCCGACGUCCUCUAACACCAGAGACGAAAACUGGGAAACAGGUACUGAUAGACCUGUGUAUUCAUAAUGUUCCUGGUCCUUUUUUAAUUUCUCAAUAUUUGUAAAGACCACAUUGUGUUAAAAAUGUCUGUUAAACCUCUCAUGUGGAUUAGAAAAACAAACAAUCCAAAAGACCGUAUUCUGGCGAUUCUUGAAAUGUAUAGGGUACACUUUUGCGUUUGUGUAAGAGCGAUCUGUGCCAUUCAUUUUAAUCUGGAUUUAAGACAGUUAUUUUAUAUAAAUUCCCCUAUUUCACAGAUUAUCAUUUAGAAGGAAGCAACCUAUAUGCUGUGGUUUUAAAUUGUUCAGUGAGAAUUUAAUAUAGUAAGCAAACAAGAAACCCUUUUUAAACCAGGCUACAUUAUGGAUUUCUAUUUGGAGUUUUUAACCUAUACCUAAAAACAUGAUUAUUUUUUUUCUUGAUCUGUCCUAUUUGCAAUGGUCAAGCACUGUAGUGUAAAAUUGCACUUUCUAUGAAGACCACAUUGUACAAAAGUAAAUUGGCAAUGUGCAUAGCAUAGGACUAUGAAGAACAAUGUAGGCUUUCUUGAAAAUAGGCAUAUUAUGAAAAUAAAGCAAUAUAUAAGCUUGAAAUUACGGAACCAGAGAGGCAACCACACCUGAUAAAUUAAUUGGUAUGUCACAAUUCAGUAAAAAUAUUAACAUUCAAUUUUUAUGGUGGUUGUGUUCUCCGUACAGGUUCUAAUACCAACAAACGGAAGCGAGUAGGCAAUGGAAGAAGUCGCCGCUGCCGCCAAACACUGAAAAAAGCAGUGGGUUGCAGCAAUGACAACGCAAACCUACCUUCUCCUGCCCAGACCAGCGAAAGUAAAGUCACAUGUGGUAAGUACCUAGCAUCUCCUGUUCAUGUUUUUCUUCAUUUCUCCCCUUUUUUUUUUUUUUUUUUUGAGGGACAGUUGGCACGUGAAAAUGGACCAAAAUGCUUACCAUGGCUUGACCUGGGUUUCUGACUAAAUCUAAGGGGUGUGUUCGUGGUGGUGCCUGACCUACGAGGAUUUAUUAAGCACAUCUAUUGGCACAAACCGGACUGACACCAGUAUGGGAAUUGAUGUUUAAACGAAAAGUCCCACCUUUAUUGUAAUGAUAAAUAUCUGUUGUGGAAUGCCCUUUUAAUUGUUAAUAAAUAUGUGCAGCAAGGAAAGGAUUCAUUAGAAAGGCUGAUGGCUUCAUAAAAUAAUUUUGAGAUUUAAUUUAAUUUUUUGCAGAAACUGCCGGCAGACAAUGUUUCAAAGCAUUAGGCCGUUAGUUUUAUGUUACAACACAGAUGGUUAGCAUAGUAGAUUAAGUGGCACUAUCAUUAAGCUGCAUUGUUUUUCUUAUUAAACAAGCACACUAUAGGAUGUGGCGUGUGUAAAACUUGGAACAUGAUUCCAAUAUUCUCAGAUGUAUUUUUGAUGUGUUCUUUAAAAAAGCACGAAGUGCACAAAAACUACUACAGUGCACUGUAAUGGCCAUCUUGCCAGGAGUGCAAAACGUAUUGACUUCAUACCUGGAAUCCUUUGGGUGCUGGUUUCCGCCCCAACUAUCCUUCAGCAGAGCGCUGGAAGUUCCUUGGUAGGAUCUUCCAUUGGAUCUCUUGAACAGUUCGUUGGCUCAACGCAAUCAACUGAUGUUACCUAGAAACUUUCAGUUCUCAGCCAAUGGUACUGGAGGUGGGAGCAGCACCCAGCAUACCCUAGGUAAACAGCCACUUGAUCUUACAAGGUGAGGGGCACUCCUGGCACCACAACUGCCAUUGCAAGCUGUGAGUGUUCCUUUAAAAUGCAGUCGCUCCCUUGCACUGUACAAAUAAUUAUACAUUCAUCACUAGAAUAACUGGUGUACAGAAGGUGUUCAGCAACAUUUUAUUUACCUAACAGUCCUCAAUGGCUAUCAGUUGUGUAGAUGAAUAUUUGUCUGAUACUAGACCCCUAGCCGACUAUAACGUCAUGAUUUCAUAACUAAAAUGUUGCUGCAGCCAAAAACCUAGCAGGUUGACAGGUCAGGUUCAUUGGUAUUUUAGUCUGAGUCCUGUAUCUGCCUACAUCUGUUCCUGGAUUUUUCAAUGGCCGCAUUGAUCAUUGUUGGGUAAUCCCAAAUCUUGUAUAAUUGGUGGCCCGUGAGAACUGUUGCUCUAUCACAAAUUAUUUUAGGUGGAACUUAUCGUUUAACUGUCAAUUCUUUAUCCUGUAUGUACUGUUGGCAUUCUGCUUGACUAUGAACUUGCUUGGAAUUUUCUUUGUAACCACUGACCAUCCCUUCUCCAGUCAAGUGCCUUGGGGGCUUGGAUUCUUAACCUCCUUCUGUCACAAUAUGUUACUGUUUCUUAUCUUCUGUGACAGUGAGUUAACCUACACCACUAAGUUUUCUUCUAUUAAAGCACCCACUGCAUGGGUUAGUAGUUAGUGUGCACCGUAAUGGACACCACUGUGUGAUGAAAUGCCAAACCCAAAACAGUAUUCAUCCAUAAGAGUUCCUCAAGGUUAUGCCCACUUAAUGGUAAUCGCUCAACGCGCAAAGGUUCGCAUGACUUAUAUGGAGUAGCGUCGUUUCUGAAAUAUAUACAUAUUGGGUUGGCACACCUGCUUCAUUUUGCUGGCAUUUCUACAAAACUAGCGAACUACAGAUCUAUUAAAACAAAGUUCUUUGACCUGUUCUGCCACUAAUGAACUAACCGUGUACUAUUAAAACGUUUUCCGACUUCAGUACAGCUGUUUGGCAAACACCUUACUGUGCAACCUAUGGCCAAACUCUCCUCUAGAUUUAAAACUGAACAAGGAAUAGAGCAGCGCUAAACAAACUAAGAACACUAGGAUGGGAGGCAGCACACCUGAUAAUAAUGCAAUUCCUCCAACCCCUCAAGAAAACUAGAACAAGUCAAAGAACAAUAUACAGGUAGCGCCAAGAAAAAUACUCCAAACACAAUAGUAUAUAAUAAUAACAAUAAAAUCCAUUUAAAAAAACACGGGAUAUAAAGAGUCCACAAUAAAACUUAAAAAAAUACCAAAUGGUACGGCACAGUCGCAAAGGUGGCAAUAGAUCUUCUAGUCCUGGUAUGGGACUUUCUUGGUAGCUUCGCUUAAUAUCAGAAUAUGAAAAGGAAGCAAAAACAGAGGCAAACCAAUAGUGCAAUAUGGUAGUAUGUGGUAGGACAAAUGACACUUGAUAAGAUGUCAACUCACAUAUGGUAGAGCUAUAACCAGCUCUGGGUAAAACAGCAUUCAGUGGUAUACAAUCCCUGCUUGCAGGAUAUCCCUCUGGUUUUGGUACACAGUAGAAUGAUGGUAGAUCAUAUGGAAUGACAAAAAUAAGCAGCCAGUAGUGCUCUCUGUAUGGAUAGGUAAGUAUUAAUAAGGUAAAUAAAAAUAUACUUACAAUAGAGUGAGCAGACUAACCGCUCUAUUUAUCAAGCCUGGGUGGUAUAAUUCCCACCAAGGAUUUCUUUGGUUGGUUGUCCACAGUAGGUGAUGGGUCCAGAUGUCAGGUAAAAGUAUAAAAAUAAAUAAGUUCUAAAAAUAUAUGGCUAAAAGGCAGGUAGUGAGGUAGCCAAAAUACUUUAUUUUAACAACAGCACAAAAUCCUCGUGUUUCUCACCAUAGGGCUUUCUCAAGUGGUAAAAACAGAUACCUGACAUAAUAACUAGGUUUAUAUAGACUUUAAAAUACUUAAUUUUGGCGCCAACAUGACAUCCUUAAUCACUUUAUUAGGUCCAAGCAAUAUAUUGUGUGUGGCAGUGUAGCUUUUGUAAUUAGAACAAUAUGACAUAUUAGGGGAGUGUGGUAGUAUUAAAAAGUAUAAAAUGAACAUUUUUAGACGAGAUAACAAUUGAUAGAAAAUUAAUAAAAAGAAACACAGCCUUUAGGUAUAUCUGCUAAAUGGUCACAAUUAAAAACCUAUUCUACAGAAAGUUAAAAAGAUCAAAAUCAGCAUGUAAACCUUCUGGUACCAUAGUUCUCAAGUUAAAAACCCACUGCAUCUCAUGAUUUCCCAGAAUUUGUUUUUCAUAUCACCUCCAUGGCAUAGUACAUUUUUGUAUGCCAGUAAAUUUUAAACAUCCUGGAAAUGUUUUGAUACAGUGUAAUUUAAGUAUCCUUUUGUUAUGUUUCGGCAAUGGGGUGCUUUUAAGUUUUAUUGUAGACUCUUUUUAUAUCCUGCAGGUUUUUUUUAUUGAUUUUGUUCUUAUUUAUAUACUAUUGUGUUUUGGAGUAUUUUUCUUGGUGCUACCUGUAUCUUGUUCUUUGACUUCUCUAGUUCUGCAAGAUUAAAGUAUGAAACUGGCACGUCACUUUUUAGAUUGUUUUUGUUUUAAUGAUAAGAAACCUGUUAGAUGACUAGCAGUGAACACAAUUUUACAUGUCUCCAAGCAUGGUGGUUUACUGAACUCUGUUCAUCCAUUUGGCUGGUCCAUCUUCUAUAAAGCGACAAACUCCCUAACACUAAUUCUGCUUGCGAUGUAUGUGCUUGCUUAUUGUGUACUCUCUAGGAUCACCGUUUUUUGCGCAUUUUAUACCUCAGACUAAGAGCGCUUUAAUACACAUUCUGCGAACUGCCAGCUGCAAUAACUCUUGUGUAUUACAACUGGUAAUAUUUAAUUUAAAAACUGCAUGACUACAAGAUUUAAAUAAAAAGCCAAAUUCUAUGGUACCUCAACCAAAACCACUGUUCUUUAGGCAUUUCAUCUUUCCAAAAUAUCGCCACUCUGUUGCCUCCAAUAUCAUAUAUGAAUACUAAUGUUUUCUGGUCUGAAUCCAUCCUUCCAUCUUUUUGUGCAAAGAUGCUAUCCCACAGUCUGCCAGUCCAAUGUUUGUCUAAUAUGUCUAUGCUCCAAUAUUUCUCACAUUUCAACGAUUUGCAGGAAAAGUCCUAAAGAAGAAAUGUACUGGUUAAAAUAAUAAGUUCAUAAUUAAAAUCGUCAAACCUCUGAUAGCUGCAAGGACGAAACAGUAAGACUUUUCAUAUCUUAAGUGUUGUGUUUUUUGUUUUUGUUUUAAAUCUGUUUCUCCAUUAGUUGGAGAAAUAUGCAUCCCUUUACCAGGUUUAUCCAUCAUGUUACAGGCUGUUCCCCCAACCAAUCAGAGUGUGUAGCAUUACCAGGUUUAUCCAUCGUCCUAGAAUUGUUGCUCUGCUGGUUUGGAGGAACUUGCUAUAUUUAUCCAUCUUGAUACAUGUUUAUCUCCCUUACUGCCAAAGCAACCUGGAUCACAGUGCUGAAUAUUGUGUUGCAGGCUUGUUCCUCUAUGAGACAGAGGUACCUUCACCACAAUUCCUGAUGUAUCCACUACUUUACAUGCUGGUUCCUUCAGCUGUCAUAUGAACCCGCAUUACUGUGUUUGGAUAUGAUACAGGCUUGGGAGAGCCAGCACCUCCUGUACAGUAGGCCAGGCCUCAGUCUUUUUUAAUGCUGUGCCUAGCUCUCACUGCUACUGAGAAAUGAUGCAUAAUUUGACUAUUGUAGCAUCUAAAAACGUUUCGUAUUCAUGAUUUUUCUUAUAUUUAGACUCUUCAAGCAAAAUAAACAGUAAUUUUUUUAUUUUUUUUAGUCUGUGGUGUUACAUGUUCCUUUUUCUCACAGACUUAAAAUUCCCAUGAGCCUUCCUGAAAUGUCAUGGUGUUAUCUUGCUGUUCUCCUCAGUCGAUUUUCUCUAAAAUUUAAAUUCCAGGUGUUCUGAGCAAAGGUUGAUGGUUAAAGAGAGAAAAUCUCUCAAAUAAGGAAAUGGUCAUGCGUUCUGCCCUCCUCAAACAUCCAUAUCCAAAAGGUAAAUGUAUGCCUUCUGCAAGUGAGACACCUUUCAUAGACUGAAUUCUCCUGAGCAAGUGACAAAAUGACAGUGCCAAAAUCAGUCCUCGUACAUGCAUGCUGUUAUCUUGACCUGGGACAGCACUGUUUUCACCCAUUAUACAAGCUCAUAGAAAACUUGGGAGGAUAUUGAAUGUCUGUCUUGAAUUAUUCUGCCCAGGCCUCUUGUCUGACAGUAGUCUUCCUUUCCUAUAGAUGUUGGCCUAGCUGUGUAUACCUACUAGCUGUAAACAAUUUUUUGCCUACUCUGUAGUCAAUGAAAAAACACUGUAUAACCAUUUCACUACUCCACUCCCAAUAGUCAGGUGUUCUGUGCUGCAGAUACCAGAAAUCAAAGGUUUUGCUUAACCUAUGUCACCAAGGUAAUCUAUUUAUACAGGAUAUUCACUAAACUGGAAUUUGACCAAGGAAUUUUAAAAAGUUUGGCCAAAAUAGCCAGGUAGGGCAAACAAUGUUGCAUUGUCACCUAGAAUUUCUAGUUCUGUGCUUUAAUUCUGUUUUAGUGAAUAACCCAUUAGUAUUUUAAAGUGGAUCUGAAAUUAUUUUUUGUCUUCCAAUUUUUGUUAUAAGCAAAGUUUUGUUGUUUUUUAUUUUUUUUCUCCCUAUGUGGACUUGUUUGCAUAUUUAAUACACACCCCUGUAACAUUAAUGCUAGCUACACACUUGUGUGUUGCUCAGUCAAGUCUAGACAUUAAUAUGUAAUAUCCAGUAAUGAUCUAGACCUGUAGUGCACUUUUUUUUUUUUUUGUAUUGGCAAGGAUCGUAAUGUGUACCUCUGCCAACCCUGUCUAGGGCCUUGCCCCAAUAAGAUGAUUCAUUCAUCCAGGGAAGAGGAAGGACUAAUCCGGAUCACUGUUGCACCAGUGUUCCCAGGUAUGUCUAUAGGCCAUUAAUGAAACACUAACUGUAAACACAGAAAUUUAGUUUUUAUGGGUUUAGGAGGUUAGCCUAGUGUUGUUAAAGCAGCUGCUAUCCAGCUUCAGAUCCCAUAACCAUGCUAUUUUAUGCAAGCAGCUGAAGACGUAAUUUGCGUUAGCGGGUAUAUACUCUACUUUGUGAGCAAAUAAAUCGUCUAUAAACGUUUUUUCCCUGAGAUUACAUGGUAUGCUAUUUGUCUAAUUGACUAUUUAAACUGAGAAAUAGUGAUGCCAGAUUACCUUAUGUGGUUUUGUAACGGAUUACAGAAUUUACAUGAAUCAUAUUUAAUAAAUAGCAGAUGUGCUCUUUUUUUAUGUUGGGAAAUAGACAAAUCUGCUCACAGAAACAUCAGAGUGAGCUGAAAGAGGUUGAAGACUGGAUAGCUAUUGGAGGUCACUACAUCAUUAAAACUGCAGGAUUCCCAACUGUGACCCUUACUAAUUAGACAUUCCUCUCCCUGCAGUCUAUAUGAGCAGGCACGCUGUUUGCCGACGGGCCUUAUUUUCUGAUAUCUGCUGCUAUACUGAAAGUAUCCUUUAUUUAUUUUUUCCCUCCAACAUUCGUUAUAAUAUAUAAAAUUUUCUUCAGAUAAAAUGUCAUGUAUUUUUUCCAAUAGUUUUUUUUUGUCACUGUUAAUGAGUGAAUUGAUGCCUAAUUAGAAGAAAAAAAAAUGUUCUGUUGUCAAAAGCUCAACCUGUCUCUCUCGGUUCACAGUUAAGAUCGCCAAUGGAAAAAACCCAUACCUAGCUGUUCUGACAGCCUGGCACUGCAACUCAAUGGUAAACUUGGGAGCAAAACACAGACGUGUUUUGUUUCUGCUUCCGUCUGCACUGUUGUACAAGCUGAUCUGCUCCACUAAUAAGUUCACUAUUACACCGUGGAUGUUCAUUGUCAUCAAAAAAAAAAAAAAAAAUGGAAUACUGUACUGCAACCUUUGUCCUGGUUGUGACCUUUCUAUUAAAGAGGAAUAUAAAAUACCUCACAGCAGGGUUGUAGAGGAGCCCAUUAUCUGAAUUCUGUAGAUUUACAUGAAAUGUCCUUGUUUAAACUCUUCACUGCCAUGGGAUUUAGUAACCACCAAUCUGCGUCGUACUUAUAAAGUGGCCACAUUCUGCUGCUCUGUUCAGCCUGUUUAAUAAGAGAUAUACAGCCUGUAUGAUGCUAUUCAUAUCUUACAGUAUACCUGAUGUUUGUGUGGGCUUGCACUACCUGGCAGUCAUUGGGUUUUAAAAUGUCAUACUGAUUCUCUGAAGAAAACAUUUAAAGAGAAAUUUAUCAUUUAUAUGUGUGCAUAUAAGUGUUUAUAGUCUUUCAACACAAAAGAUAAAGACAUCGAAAGCUUUCUAGAACACAACCAGAACAAAGUGUUUUGUUUUUUUUAAUUCCUUAUUUACAGAUAUCUGUACACUGAUCAUAUCCGGUGCAUACCAUGUAUGCUAAAACUGCUACAUCAGUUUAGGACUGUUGCAUAUGUGUAAGACCAGAAAAUCAAUACUUCUAUAGUCUGCAUUUCUGAGUGAUCAAUUUUAAUUUUUCAGAGUGAUACUGGUUAGAAGUAAUGUCUAUCUUUCUACAUAGCAUAGCUUUGAAGAGAGAUAGACAUUACUUCUAUAUUUUCUACGGCAACUGAUGUUUUUUUAAACUGUGCUACGUUUCAGAUUCUGUCAUUCAUUCAGCAACAGAGGAGGAAAUUAAAUAAAAUAAAAAAAAUAAAAAUGUUCAGUGUAAUAAACUAAAUCAAGCCCCAUGGUCUGAAAUGUACCUAUGCUUGGAUAAUUGUAAAUUGCACAAUAAAAUAUUGGUUCAGGCCAUACAAUCCUUUGAGUAGUCUUGGACUCUUGCUUCUAAGUAAUAGUUUAUUCAUCUUAAAAUUAUCACUAUAAGAUAUUGUGCUUUUUUUAAAAUUUAUUUAUUUAUUAAAUACAAAUGAAGCAAACAGUUCUAUUGAUGUCCUUUUUCAAAUCUUCAAAGUAAUCUCCCAGUCACUCAGCAAAUCUAUGAAUAUAAAAAAAAAAAAAAUACAAUCUGAGUUUGCUAUUCCUAAGGCAAUCCAACCAUGUGUUUCUCUCUAUGCAACUUUGGUUUUAGAAACAUGGCUGGCCAUCAAUGCACUCACUCAAUCACCAAGUGACAAUUUCAAAGCUCACAUGAUGUAAUAGUUUUUGGGGUUGAUUUUUUUUUUUUAAAUUAGGGUUUUAGUUACAAUAUAUGAUCAUACAUUGCUACAACAUCAAUUUUAAAAAAAACUAAAAACAAAUGUUCCAAAAAAAAGUCUAAUGAAAUUCUAAAAGUCUUGGUGUACGACGUUGAUGUGUUUCUUUUGGGUUAAUGGGUUGUAAUUUGUAUGAGCUGUAAGCAUUCUGACUGGAAAAAAUAUGGAAUUUGCAGUUUAAUUUUUUUGUAACAAAAAGUAGUACAAUAAAGGUGCAAUGUGCUCUCCCUUUUCACUAAAAACUCCACCCCUUUUGCAGAAACAUGUCCUCUUAUGAUCCAAAUAAUUGUUGGCAUAUUCUUACCCUCAUACUUGGAUGUGCAAAUGUCUCACCCCAGUUAGUCUUUUUAAGUCUUAUUGCGAGGAAACCAAUCCAAGUGAAAUUAUCAGCAUCAUUGAUUCUCGAUAAGGAGCAGCGCGUAUCAGUCAUCCUUCCCAUAUUUGCACUUUGGAUGUCAAGUGUUCCUAGUACAAACACAGAUAUAAUGACUGUAGCCUCUCAGCUGAUUACUAUUCUCAAUGUCCUGUCUGAGACUGAAUGGAUUUUAACUAAUACCUGGAGACGUUGGGCUUGUUACGUCAAAUAUGCUCUGCAUAGGUCAGCAAUCACAUAAUAUACUGGCUAAACUAUUACCCACUUGGUAAUUUCAAUAUCUUACCACAAUAAAACCAUGCAAAAAUGUUGAUUUAAAAAAUUAGACUUUUCAUAAACAAGCCUGUAAACGAGAGUUCUGUGCUGAAUAUGAUUUCAGACCACCAAUAGGCUUAUAUAAGGUUUAUUAUAAUGUAUCCAGCACAUUUGCUUCCAUCUUACUGUGGAAAGGUUUGGUGAGAAUUUGCAACACAUUGCACCAGUGCUUGUGCUCUAUCAUUGAGUGGGUUAGUUAUUGAUGAAAGGAACUUUAUUGUGCAUGUACAAACAAACUGUGAUAUUAUGCCCUCUCAGUUAAAUACUUCUACAGGUUGACCUUCAACAAGAAAAGAGAAAUAAAGAGGAAAAAAAAUCCCUUAAUAAGCGUAUGUAAUGAGCCAGCCGUGCUCUCUUUUACCAACAUAUUUGUGAUGUUUUGGUUAGAUAUUCCCACUCUAAUUCUCUGAAAAUACUCUCAUGAAAGAAAAUCCAGAAUAAGCUAUUAAUUCAUGCAACUUUUAUAUGCUUGAAAUGCAGUUUAAAAAAUCCAAAAUCUUUAAAUUUAGUGUGACUUUUUUUUUUUUUUUUUUUUAAGUGCUUUUAUUCGUAUAAUAUACAUAUUUAUUUUUUCUGUCUUUGGUCUUUUCACUUUUAGCAUUUUUCAGUCACUGAAACAGGAUAUAGAAAUCUGGAUUUAAAAAAAAUAAAAAUAGUAUUGCAAUGAAGGCUCUAACAAAUAUUGGCCAAUAUCUGCAGCUUUAGAGUGGUGUUUACUAGCAUUUUAAGGGCCUUUGUUUUGGCUCUUAAUAUUUUAGUAGGUUAAUGUUACAUUUGCAUGACUGUUUUUUGCAUUUUGUCUGUUUUUAAUGGCUUUUAUUUUUCUUCCCCCUCCCUUUUCUCUCUCCUUCCCUCAUCCUUUCCAGGGAUACGUCUGCGGGUUCGAGCAGAAUACUGCCAUCAUGAUUCAAUUCUGAGGCAGAAUGUCCUGUCUGUAAAACAAGACCCAUUGGAGAAGCAGUUUGACCUUUUUAGUCAGUCCAACACAGUACUAAAAUCUCGGGACCUUGGCUCAAUUAUUUGUGACAUCAAGUUCUCAGAGCUAUCCUACUUAGAUGCCUUCUGGACGGACUACAUGAAUGGUUCCCUGUUGGAGGCACUUAAGGGGGUUUUCAUUACAGAUUCUCUGAAGGAGGCUGUGGGUCAAGAGACCAUCCAACUUCUAGUCAAUGUAGAUGAAGAUGACUAUGAGGAAGGCCGCCGACUGUUGCUGGAAAAUGUUCCUCAGCUGUCUGGCUGAGCUCUGAGAGUUGUGCCAAAGCAUCUUAUCCUACCUGCUGGUAAUCAGGAAAAAAGACUCUAGAAAUUAAACAUUUUCCACGGGGCCUGCUUUCAGUGGUUCUUUUUCCCUCAUCUGAGACCGUACGAUGUUGCUCUUUCUGCAGUGUAGAAAGUUUACUUAAAAAUAAAAGUUGGGUUUGGAUUGGGAAACUUGGUGAACCCCCACUGUGGACACUGAAAGGAGGGCAUUGCCAUGGGAGCAAUUCUUUUUUUUUUUUUUUUCUUUUUUUUUUUCUUUUUUAAAUAAGGUUUGUAGCUCACUUUUUCUUUAGAGUUUAGAGACUUAAAUGGAAGUUUGGUAUUUUUUGAUUCCAGAUGAAAGCGUUGUCACACAAAUACUAUUCCUGGCCCUAAAUAUAUAUAUAUAUAUAUAUAUAUUUUUUUUUUUUUUUGAAGGCUUUCAUUGAGCCCAACUUUUUUUCUGUUUUCUAGAUGUAUGAAUAUGGCCUUUUGUUUCUUGGUCUGAAACCAUUAAAGAUUGUCUUGGUGCAAAAGGUGUGCAUAUGAUCAGGUCUUGAAUUAAAAUAAGCAGUGUGGCUCUCUGAAAUACCUGCAAUUUAUUUUUACUUGCUGGAAGCAUUUCCUGCAUUGAUACUUAUAAUCCCCACUGUCCGUGCACAGAAACAGUGAUUACAUUUAUGUUUCUCAAAGGGGUUGUUUUUUUUUUUAUUUUUUAUUUUUUAUUAUAAAUCCUUAAUGCUUCCCCCUCAAAACAAAUAAAUAAACCUCACACAAAAGCUAUAUUGUAAAGUCUAAAAGAAUGUUUAUAGAAAGUUAUGAUACAAUCCAAUAAUUUUCCAUGUGAAAAUGUAUAUGUAAAAUUAAUCUCCAUGAGGACCAGUGCACUAUACUUUUUUUUUUUUUGUACUAUGUGACUUUAAGCAUCGCUGUCUGCAUAUAGGGAUGGGGGCAGCACAAUUCAAAGUUCUGUUGUCUAACUUUCUAAUUGUGGUCCAGUCCUGUUGGCUGAAGUAAGCUCAAAUUUAAAUGUACAUUGAAGCAUAUAAGGGAUUAAUGAAAAGAUUGGUAAGAUUAUUCUGGAAAUUAAAAAUAUCCCCCUUUUGCACAGCUAGUCACCCCCUAUGUUGUGAGGUGUUUUUUCUUUUCUUUCUCUAUACAGAAUUUAUGAACUGCACUUUGUACUGGACCCUUUAUAAAAGGGAGAUUUUCGUUUUAACCUGUUAACUUUCAAAGAAAGUUGUAAAUGUUUUUGUAAAACAUUUCUUUGUCUUGAAAAUAAAAAUUUAAAAAGUUGUCUUGUUUGCUUUUCCUAUUAAAUUGACAUUGACAAUGAAAAUAACUACCACACUUUACACUAACAGGUGUAUGUUACCUGUUGUGUAGCCAUAUCAGUGUUCUAGUACAACUACACUCUGUACGUG